AUGAAAGAAGAACGUUUUAUCUAUUCAACAGAGAAAAACUCAUUAGAAAUUCGAAUAUACGACCCUGGAUCUACAGUAAAUGCUGCUAUUAUUGCUCAUCCAUAUGCACCAUUAGGAGGAAAUUUUAAUAAUCAUGUUGUUAUUGCAAUUGCAGAAAAAUUAUUUUCAUUAGAAUAUUUAGUAGUUACAUUUAAUUUUAGAGGUGCAUUAGGAUCUAAAGGUCAAACCAGUUGGACAAGCUAUCCGGAACAACAAAAUUUUCAAACCGUUAUCAAUUAUACUCUUACUAAUUUCCCUAAAAUUAAUAAAAUUAUUUUAGGCGGCUAUUCUUAUGGUGCUCUUAUUGCUAUUAAAAUGAAUCCGCCUAUUAAAAAUACAUUUUUUCUGCUUAUUUCUCCUCCUUUACCUCCACUUACAUAUUUUCUUGGAUUAUUUCUCCAAUUUACAUCAAAUAAUUUACAUAAAAAAGGUUUAGUUAUAUAUGGUGGCAAAGACUUACUUACAUCUUUAUUUUCCUGGAGAAAUUAUUGCAAAUUUUGGGCUAAUCUGAAUAGUCCAAAUGAGUUAAUUACUGUUAAAGUCGAAAAUGCAGGUCAUUUUUGGAGUGAAAAAAAUAAUCUUGAAAUUCUUCUUUCUGAAAUUUCCAACUGGAUAAAUUUUAUUAGAACAUAG